UGGCUGCGAUCUUUUUUUUUAUUAUUUUAUUUUUCACAAUUUCAUUCAAAGUUUCAGUUAAACUAGCAAUGUUUCCUCUCGAUUAGGGUUGUUUUAGUGUGUUUUCUUCGUCUUCCAACAUUAUUUUAGUAUGAUUUGUGGCUAAGUUGCACUAAAUUCCCGCUUAUCACUACUAGCAUGGUAUAAUAGUAAUACAGAUAAAGAUAUCCCACCUGAAUUAUAGUUUUAUUUUGUCCAAAGCAAAAUAUACUAAAUUCAUUAAUAUAUAAGGAGCCAGACUUCAUGUGUGUUUAACCGUUUCACCUCGUUUGAAGCUAAAAUAUGCUUCUUGGGAAAUAUGAAGUCAUCUCUGAGAAGUGUUUUUCAAUCCAAACAAUCCAAUUGGAAAUCUUCGAAUGAGAGUUAAGUCACUUAAAACCUGCUACUAACUCCGAACUCCAAGUCUCCUAGGUUGGCUUCAAGCCUUUCCUUCAAAUAGGCAGGCAAUGCUCUCUUCUCCACACAACAGCUGAAAUCUAAAUCAUCAACUUAACAGCUAAAAUCUAAACCAUCAACUUCCGUAUUUGUGAAAAGAACACCAAUAUGGCAUCUCAAAACAACUUCAAUUUCCCAUAUUUCCCUCCUCCCUAUCACCCUAAUCAGCCACCUCCUCCAGCACCAAAGCCACCAAGCCAUCCAAGCUCUCCACCGCCGCCCCAUGCCCCUAUCCGCCCACCACCUCAUCCUCCUAUUCGCCCUCCUCCACUGCCACCUCAUCCUCCUGUGCACCCUCCUCCGCUGCCUCCUCAGCCACCAUCACCGGACAAUCAUCCAACUGUUAUAGUUAUUGUGUUCAUAUCGGUUGGUGGUGUUUUCUUCCUUGCAUUCUUUGCGGCUGCUCUGUUCUGUUUCCUCAAGAGGAAGAAGAAGACGGUCCAGAAAACCAAAUUAGUCCAUUUUGAUGAACACGAGAAGGUGACGAAGGCCAUUGUGGAAGGUCGUCAUGGAACCGAAGCUGUGGUAUUAUCAGUGGAGGAUGAUGUUCAUAUUGAGGAAGAGGUACUGAAGAGUGAAAAGGUUGGUGAAAGUUUGCAUGCCAAGUCAGCUGAGGGCAAGGCUUCCACAUCAGCACCUUCUUCUAGUGUUUCCUCAUCAUAAUCAACUAGGACAAAAGGCUCUAUGAUUUUUGAGCUCAUUUCAUUCCAGAAAAUAUUGGAUUUGAAUAAUAAUAAUAAAAAAUUUGAGAUUAUCACAAAAAACUAAAACUAUAAAUCUUAAUUGUUUCAUAUGUUAUUUAUUAAUUUGUUUAAGUAACAAAAUUAAUAAAACUUUAGAUUUGUUAAAUCUAAUAUUU